ACCGCCCUGGCUCAGAGACCACUUCCGGGGUCCAGAAUUGCAGUCUCACCAAUGGACCUGAUUGGUUUUGGUUAUGCAGCUCUUGUGACCUUUGGAAGCAUUUUGGGAUAUAAACAGAGAGGUGGUGUUCCGUCUUUGAUUGCUGGACUUUUCAUUGGAUUUCUGGCUGGCUAUGGUGCUUACUGUGUCUCCAAUGACAAAUGGGAUGUAAAACUGUCACUAUUUACAGCUUUCUUCCUGGCCACCAUAAUGGGUGUGAGAUUUAAGAGAUCCAAGAAAAUAAUGCCUGCUGGGCUGGUUGCAUGUUUGAGCCUCAUGAUGAUCCUGAGACAUGUCUUGUCCCUACUCUGAGCAUCCCGAGGAGCUGAAAACAAACUUCCUGCCAUCCUAUCGUAAGGACAGAGCACAUUCUCUGUAUAUAUGUGAAUUUCACUGUGGAAUGUGAAGUCUUACUUUAUGCCAGCAACAGAAGUAAUGCCAUAUAAACACUAGUUAGAGGCUUUUUUUUAAAAUAAAUUGUUUUGUAAUU